AUAUCGUGAAGUCGCUCCGCUCUCUCGCUCGCUUCUCCCCAUUGCAACUUUUGCAGGCACUCACUCCACAGACAUGAUCGCCACCAGCUGAAGCCGAGACCUGCAAUUUGGCUCUUUCUGGGAGCCAAAACACCCCUCCGGACCCGUGGAGUUAAGUUGCAGACAUCUUUUCAUCACCCCCCCUCCCCCGGACCGACCAUCAAACUGAAAACCUGGAUGCGAUUGUUUAUUUCAUCCUUUUCUCUCCCGAUGAACUGGUUAAGUAAUGCAGGAGACAGCAGCGAUUCUGUCCGCGGCACAAGAUGGCAGAUUUUUAUUGAGUUGUGAACAGUGCUGUCGCUUCAUUUUUUGCCAUGAAUAACAGAAAUCCUUGCACCGAUGGCCCCUGUAUACGAAGGUAUGGCCUCGCAAGUGCAAGUCUUCUCCCCUCACACUCUUCAGACAAGUGCUUUCUUUAGCGUGAAGAAACUAAAGGUGGAGCAGAGUUGUAACUGGGAUAUGACGGGGUACGGCACGCAUAGCAAGGUCUACAGUCAGAACAGCAAGCAGAGUGUCUCAGUCGCCCCAGUGGGCAUUAACGGCGCCAGUCUCCAGGUCUCUAACUCUUCCCUGUCCUACGAACAGGCCCUCCUCUUCCCUGCCGGCUCGGGUCACAUCGUGGUGGCCUCGGCCAGCAGCACCUCUGGGGCGCAGGGUCAACUAUUGGGCAGCACAGGAAGUAGCGGGAGCGGCAGCGGAGGGCACAACCUGACGCGCCGCAGCACAGUCAGUCUGUUGGACACGUACCAGCGAUGCGGGCUUAAGCGGAAAAGCGAGGAGCUUGACAACAACAACGGGAGUGGAAGCAGCGUGCACGUAGUCGAGGAGCAACAGCCACCAGUACCGAUGAUUCAGAACAACGCACAGAGUGGGGCCACCGUCGCCACGGCGACCGCAUCCACAACGGCGACGUCCAAGAACAGCGGCGCCAACAGCGAGGGUGACUACCAGCUCUUGCAGCACGAGGUACUUUGCUCAAUGACCAACACCUACGAGGUACUGGAGUUCCUGGGUCGAGGUACAUUCGGGCAAGUGGUGAAGUGCUGGAAACGAGGCACCAGCGAGAUCGUAGCCAUCAAGAUCCUGAAGAAUCACCCAUCUUACGCACGGCAAGGACAGAUCGAAGUGAGCAUACUGGCACGGCUGAGCACGGAGAGCGCGGACGACUACAACUUUGUCAGGGCGUAUGAGUGCUUCCAGCACAAGAACCACACGUGCCUGGUCUUUGAGAUGUUGGAGCAAAACCUGUACGACUUCCUCAAGCAGAACAAGUUCAGCCCGUUGCCGCUCAAGUACAUCCGACCGAUCCUGCAGCAGGUGGCCACCGCACUCAUGAAACUAAAGAGCCUUGGACUGAUCCAUGCCGACCUGAAGCCGGAGAACAUCAUGCUGGUUGACCCAGCUCGCCAACCCUACAGGGUCAAGGUCAUUGACUUUGGCUCUGCUAGUCAUGUCUCCAAAGCUGUGUGCUCUACCUACCUGCAGUCAAGAUAUUACAGAGCUCCAGAGAUCAUCCUGGGUCUGCCCUUUUGUGAGGCUAUAGAUAUGUGGUCCCUGGGUUGUGUCAUUGCAGAGCUUUUCCUUGGCUGGCCGCUCUACCCUGGAGCAUCCGAAUAUGACCAGAUUCGGUACAUCUCUCAAACGCAAGGUUUGCCAGCAGAGUAUCUGUUAAGUGCAGGGACGAAAACCACCAGGUUUUUCAACAGAGACCCCGAGUCCACCUAUCCUCUGUGGAGACUAAAGACACCUGAAGACCAUGAAGCAGAGACGGGAAUCAAGUCAAAAGAGGCUCGCAAGUAUAUCUUCAACUGUUUGGAUGACAUGGCUCAGGUGAAUAUGACCACAGAUUUGGAAGGCAGCGAUAUGUUGGCGGAGAAAGCGGACAGGAGAGAGUUCAUCGACCUGCUGACCAAGAUGCUAACCAUCGACGCAGACAAAAGAAUCACGCCUAUAGAGACGCUCAACCACCCCUUUGUCACAAUGACACAUUUGCUGGACUUCCCGCAUAGCGCACACGUCAAAUCCUGCUUCCAGAACAUGGAGAUUUGCAAACGUCGGAUAAACAUGUACGACACCGUCAAUCAGAGCAAGACCCCCUUUAUUACACAUGUAGCCCCCAGCACCUCUACCAAUCUCACCAUGACCUUCAACAACCAGCUUAACACUGUGCACAGUCAGGCCACCAACCUGGCUCCCUCUUCCACCAGUGCCACCUUUUCCCUAGCAAAUCCUGAUGUCUCCAUACUAAAUUACCAAUCUGCACUCUACCAGCCUUCUGCGGCCCCUAUGGCUGCCGUGGCCCCCAGGACCAUGCCCCUCCAGCCCGGUGGGCCUCAGCUCUGCGCCGCCCGACCGGAUCCCUUCCAGCAGGCCCUGAUCGUCUGCCCACCUGGCUUCCAAGGUUUGCAAGCAUCGCCCUCUAAACACACCGGCUACUCGGUGCGGAUGGAGAACGCAGUUCCCAUAGUAACACAAGCCCCCGGUCCUCAACCUCUCCAAAUCCAGCCAGGCCUGCUGACACAGCAGGCCUGGCCAUCUGGUACUCAACAGAUCCUCCUCCCUCCGGCGUGGCAACAGCUCACACACACCUCCGUUCAACACGCCACCGUCAUCCCCGACUCCAUGACCGGCACACAACCUCUGGCUAACUGGAGGAAUUCACAUCCCCAUGGCAGCCAUUACAAUCCCAUUAUGCAACAGCCAGCCUUACUGGCGGGUCACGUCGCCCUGCCCUCCCAGCAACCUCUCAAUGUGGGUGUGGCUCAUGUCAUGAGGCAGCCGUCAAACAAUAGCUCCUCCUCCAAAAAGAACAAGCAGCACCAGAUGACCAACAGGAACGUAUCGUAUGACGUGUCCUCCACCCAGGCAGUCACGUCACCUCAGCGCUCCAAGCGUGUGAAGGAGAACACUCCUCCACGGUGCGCGGUGGUUCAAAACGGCCCAUCUGCCACCUGUGCCCCAUCCCAGACCUGUGGGGGUGGAGGAGGGGGGUGGGGCAUAGAGCAGGCAUGUAACACCUCACGAGACCACCACGGUCAACAUAAUCCUCCGCGGCACACCAUCGUCAUCGCCGACACUCCCAGCCCGGCCGUUAGCAUCAUCACCAUCAGCAGCGACACGGAUGAAGAUGAUGACCACAAACAGCCCACUAACACCAGCAUGUCAUCUAAACAGAGGAAAAAUGUCAUUAGCUGUGUGACGGUCCAUGAUUCCCCUGACUCUUACUCCAGCAAUACCAGCCCUUACGCUGUGGAGACCCGGCCAAAUGGACCCAACGCCAAUGGCUACGACUCGAAGGUCGCAGUCCUGGACAACUACAGCAACGGGAACCCUCGUACCAUCAUUAUCCCCCCUCUGAAGAACCAGACCAGCGACAACCUGGGAGAGUGUGAUAGACUCUUGCCUGACACAAUGAACCACCAGAACUCCACCUAUAAGUUCAAGACCUCCAAUGGAGGUUUGUCGGGCACCAACCACUCAUCAGGGGGCGUGACUGGAAAUGGGUCAUAUCGUCAGCAGCGCUCUGGGCCACACCCCUUUCAACAGCAACCUCUAAAUCUCAGCCAGGCCCAGCAGCACAUGCAGGUCGAGCGAAACGGAGCUCAUCGACGGCAACAGGCUUACAUCACCCCCACUAUGGCCACCCAAGCUCAGUACUCUUUCCACAACAGCCCCACCCACACAGCUCAUCUGGCACCACCUCAUCUGGCGGGACAACCUCACCUCUAUACCUACACUGCUCCCACGGCACUGGGGUCCACAGGAACGGUGGCCCACCUGGUCGCUUCCCAGGGUUCGGCCCGUCACGCGGUCCAGCACGCCAGCUACCCUCCAGGUAUCGUCCACCAGGUGCCUGUUAGCAUGGGCCACCGCGUUCUGCCCUCGCCCACCCUGCAUCACGGCCAGUACCAGGCGCAGUUCGCGCACCAGACCUACAUCAGCGCAUCACCUGCCUCCACUGUCUACACUGGAUAUCCGCUGAGCCCCACUAAGAUGAACCAGUACCCUUACCUCUGAAGCUGAAACACUGGAGCCCAGCCAAUCGCUGCUUGCCAUUUCUACCCCACCCCUCCAGAGUCAGAGAGACGUGCUAUAGCCUAUCACCCCUUAACCCCGCCCCUUCAUGCUUAAACUUGAAGACAAUGAAGAUGCUGAUGGAUAGAGCAAGUGUACUCUUGGAGGAAACAGAAGGGUACUAUGGAGCGUUUUUUUUUUUAGAUGACUUUUAUUUUGCCUUCUCAAAAAGGGCCAGUUAAUCUUUUAUUUUACUUUCUUUGAGAGAAAUUUGGGAUUUGUUUUUGUUUUUAAUAGAAGUUUUCCUUUACAAGUUCUCAUCAACAGGCUGUUUGGGAGAGACAGAGCUUUGUUAAACCGAGGUUUUGUUUGGUUUUCCUUUUCUCGAAAUCAUUCACUGACUGUUGAGCCGGCGUCACGACGUGGAUGUAUGAAUUCCUGGGAAUUAUUGGAUAAGGUGAAAUACGGAUAUCUGCUGCUCUUCAAAGAAAAAAUCUAAUGAUGGCCUUGUACUGUCUUAAACGUUUCCAAAUUACGCGCGGCGAGCGGUACGUCCAUACCCCGCCGCGCUCUCCCGAAUACACCUGGAGGAAACUUUUUGGAAAUAGGAGACUUUCUAGUGUAUUUAUAGACUUUUAUUUGUUUGCGUUCACAUUUAGAAAAGAAAAUACAUUUGUCAUACCGUAGAAAAUUAGCUGGGCCCCUCUUUGUAGAAUGUAGCAGUCUGCACCCAUUUAUUUAAUGAAGAACCUUUCUGAUACCAAUGGAUUCCUUGUGUUCCUCUUUAAAUGUGAUUGCACAAAAGUGGUUUCAAUAACAUAGGCAUGUUCAA